AGGACAGCUUGCUGCACGAGCUCGCUGCUGGUAGCGUGGAGGUGAAAUUAGAGACAGACAGGAGGUCGUUGUAGUAGUUUUUUCCCCUCUAAAGUUAGUCAAAGUCCCCAAGAAGCAAACAAGAGAUUGUGGCGUUUGUGAAAGCUAACUAAACAAGUUGUUAAAUGAUAUGAAAGUGUUAAAUAUCGCGGGAAAAAACGUCUGACUCGGGCUCGCCAGCUUCUGCAUGGUCCCAGGCUAGCUAACAGUUAGCUGCAGGAGCGUCUGGGCUAGCGAGGUCCAGCCCAAAAUCUGUUUACCUCGAGUGGAUGUGGUCACCUCCCGAGCUGUUCACGACUUUUCUCUGUGCAAAGAAAACAAGAACCAAGAAUCCACACUGGCUUUAACACCGCGCGCUGUCAGCAAACCAGCAGGAUGUCCACUGAGGUUGAGUGUAGCCAAGUUGACUCGGGUUUGACAGCGAGCAGCUCCGGCGGGGUGCAGGACAAGUCGGAGGGGGCUCAAUUCCACAAAGAACUAGAGAAUCAAGGUUCGGAAAAACAGACUGACUGCCACAAACCCGAGACGAACAAGAGCCAGGGGGACAGCCAUAAGAAAAGCAAAGAAAACGAUAAAGAGAAUGAACGGAGCGGUGACGCUGACUCGACCGUUGAGAAGAAAGUUGUCGAAGCUCCUCUACCGAAAGUUAACCCUUGGACAAAAAGAACCACGGGCAGAGUACCGGUCGGUAACAUCAACUCCAGCUCCCCUGAGACAGAUCAGCAAAAUGCCUUGAAAGUUGUCCGAGCAAGUAAACCCAGACCGAGAAAACCCAGCAAGUCUAGUGACUUCAGCGAUAUAACAAACUGGCCCACUCCUGGAGAACUCGCAAAAGAGCAAAAUGUCCCCAGCAACGAUGGAAAGAAAACGUCUUCCCGCAGAGAAAGGGACAAGAGGAGAGAGCGACCAGACAGAAAAUCAGAGAGCAGUCAUGAUGGAGGUGAGAGCAAGGAGAACAAGGAGGCUCAUCUAGACCCAAUGGAGGAACCCUCUAAAGAAGGAGAAACAAAACCAGGGCUGGAUUCUAAGAGCUCCGGCCUGAAGAAGAGAGGAGGUGAGGGUAACAAACGUAAGUGGGUUUCUCUGCCGCUGGAGGACGUCUCCCGGGAUGACGCAGACAAGACAUCUAGUGGGUGCGCUGCUCAGUCAGACACCGAGCUCAUCAGCGACUCGUCUGAUCCCACGGCGCCCAAUCAAAUGGUUCAUGAUAACAGAGCGCAUUAUGACAGCCGGAGUUGGAGAGCCGAGCCACGGGACCACGGAGACGAUGGCGGCAGCAUUCGGAGCGAUGGCGGCGCUGGCCGUGGUGGACUCCGAGGCAGGGGGAAAGGACGUGGACGUGGGAGAGGUCGUGGACGAGGUCGGUACGAAUACUCUCUGAGUUACAGAGACUCUCACUCAUCUGACGGCUCAGUUCAGGUCCCUGCAGACUUCAGUAGCAGCAUAGUUUACUACUACGAUGAUGGCAACAAGGUCCAGAUGUAUACAGUGGAUGAAAAGCUUCUUAAGGAAUACAUCAGGAGGCAAAUUGAAUACUACUUCAGCAUCCACAACCUGGAGCGGGAUUUCUUCCUCAGGAGGAAAAUGGAUGCACAGGGCUUCCUUCCCAUUUCUCUCAUUGCUGGCUUCCACAGAGUUCAGGCUCUUACCACUGAUGUCAACCUCAUUAUGGAGGCUUUAAAAAGCAGCACAGAAGUGGAGCUGGUGGACGACAAGAUCCGCUGUAAAGUAGAGCCAGACCGCUGGCCCAUCCCCGGCCCUUCCGUCGUGGGUUCCCCUCGCACCGACUUCUCCCAGCUCAUCAACUGCCCUGAAUUUGUUCCUCGACAGAACCUCAAUGCACCCACUGCUGCCACCUUGCCUGUAAAUGAGCCGCUACUGGACUCAACGCAGCUACAGGAAUCAGGUGAACCCGCCCCCUCCAACCAGGACUCUAACUCGGCCUCGGACAACUCCAAAGACACCCCCAAGUCUGACCCCAAACUAGACCCUGACGCCUGGAUCCAAGUGGAGAAACGGCACCGUCAGACCUCCGGAAAAUCAAAGCAUGACAGUGAUGAUGUGUGUGCUGCUGGCCCCUCAUGCCCCUCAGAGCUCCAGCCUGACCACCUCUCCUCUCCUGGAGAAUCCAAAGCCACUGCUCCGAGCAGUCAGCCUCCUGCUCAGGCUGAGCUGGACCAGGAGGAGCUGGACUUCAUGUUCGAUGAGGAAAUGGAGCAGAUGGCGCCCAGGAAGAACAAAUUCACCGACUGGUCAGAUGAGGAUGACUCAGACUACGAGCUGGACGACCAAGAUGUCAACAAGAUCCUGAUUGUCACCCAGACUCCUCCUUACGUUCGCAAACACCCUGGUGGUGAUCGCACAGGAAACCACGAGUCCCGAGCCAAGAUCACCGCUGAUCUGGCUAAAGCAAUCAACGACGGGCUGUACUACUACGAACAGGACCUGUGGAAGGGAGAGGAGCUGAUCGAGUGUAGCAAGCAGGAUGUGGAGAACUUCAAGAAGCUGAAUGUCAUCAGUAAAGAUGAGUUUGACACCCUCACUCCCAAAGUGCCUGUUGACUCAAACCAGGAAGUCCCAGCUCUUCCUAUGCCAGUGGACGGCGGAGCAGAUUUGGCUCGCUCUCUUCCUGCAACAGUUCCCGAGUCCCCCAGCACUUCUCAACCGCGGACCCCCAGGACACCGCGCACGCCUGGACGCCAGGAUCCUAACAAGGCUCCACGCUUUUACCCGGUUAUGAAGGAGAGUGGCGCCAUUGAUGGACAGAUGCCGAGAAAGAAGAAGACCCGCCACAGCUCCAACCCCCCUCAGGAGGCCCACAUCGGAUGGGUGAUGGAUUCCCGUGAGCACCGACCGCGCUCCGCCUCCAUCAGCAGCUCCAACGCUUCUCCAUCAGAAGGAGCUCCACUGUCAGGAAACUACGGCUGCACUCCCCAGUCUCUGCCUAAGUUCUGGCAUCCAUCGCAUGAGCUGCUGAGAGACAACGGCUUCACCCAGCAGGGAUAUCACAAGUACCGCCGAAGGUGCCUUAAUGAGAGAAAACGGUUGGGAGUGGGCCAGUCUCAGGAGAUGAACACUCUGUUCAGGUUCUGGUCCUUCUUUCUCAGGGACAACUUCAACAGAAAGAUGUAUGAGGAGUUCAAACAGUUUGCACUUGAAGAUGCCAAAGAAAAUUACAGGUAUGGAUUGGAAUGCCUCUUCAGAUACUACAGUUAUGGUUUGGAGAGGAGAUUCAAGCUGGAUCUGUUCAAAGACUUUCAGGAGGAGACCCUGAGGGACUUUGAGAAAGGUCAGCUAUAUGGACUGGAAAAGUUCUGGGCCUUCCUGAAGUAUUCAAAGAUAAAGAACCAACCUAUUGACCCAAAGCUGCAGGAGCACCUCUCAAAGUUCAAGAACCUGGAGGAUUUCAGGGUGAUGCCUCCCAUAGGAGAAGAGGGAGGCAGGAAGAGAUAUCCCUCGUCCUCGGCCGGGGAUGAUGGAAGGCGCCGCAGACAUCCUUCCAACUCUACCUCAAAGCCUACGCAGGCCUCUAAAUCCUCCAAUGCUCCUUCUCAGGCUGCUGCCUCCUCCUCCGCACAGAAUUCAGCCAAAGACGGCCCCAAGAAAACAGCGGCGCCAUCAACUAACCCUGGCAAAAAGUCCGACAGCAGAGCGGUGAAAAAGGAUGGAGUUUCACCCAACAAAUGAGGCUCCCUCCUCCUGGUGAGAGCUUCAACUUCCAAGGCUUGUGAAGAGAGGCGGCAGCUGCUCUCAGGUUACUGUUGGCUCUUUUCAGCAGCAAACCUUUUGGAUCUAAAGAGGCCUGAGCGUGGUUGACUUAUUCUGAUUGUUUUUAUCAGUGCAUUUCAGUUUAAAGGAAGCAAAUGUUGGCAGUUAGCUUGAAUUUGUUUGCCCGACAGCUCAUAACGUUUACAAAAAAAAAAAAAAAUGCAUUCCCCGCAUUUUGCCUUUUAUCUCUCAGAUGCCAAACUCUGUGGUCUGUUGAUCGCUGUAAACCGCUCUGUAGGACGCUGUUGAACUGUGAUUGUAGUUUGCCAAGAUGAGAGAUACUGCAGAUAGUCAUGUGUGCCUUAAUCUUAUCCAUCAUGAUGUCAACAGUGUUUAAUAUCUAAAGGUCUUCCUUGUUUGGGGUUGAAAGGAGUCGCAGGUUCCACCCCUCCUUGGACAAGAUCUUCCAUUUCCAUGGUGACAAUCAGGUUCGAUCAUUGAUUUGUGAAGGACUGACCCAGAUGCUGCCCCUCCCCUGAUGUUUCUCAGCCUGACUGCAACAUAUCACAUCCAAACUAAAAUAGGCUUCUUUUUUUAAUUCUAAAGCUGCAGAAAUCAUCCUUUUAUUUUUUUUUUCUGGGAAGCUUUAUGUCCCCUUUUACACCCAGAGAUUGCUUAAUUUAUUGUUUUAUUUUUGUUUUUAUUUUCCAUCGACUUGAUUCAUGUAAUAGUCUUAGGUGAUCAUUGCUGUUUUUACUAGCCUGUGCAUUGAAUAUAAUACAAAAUGAAAUGUUUCUGCUGGAAUUAUGGGUUUUAGCUAGUGUCAUAAAACUACAGUAUAUUUUAGCUCAAAGUUUACUUCAUUAUGUUUUAGGCUUGGUGCUCUAGAGCACUUUAAAUGUUAACUUUCCUUUACUUAUGGAUUAAAAGGUUUGAGUUGAAUAAAAAAAAAUGUAAAUACUAUAAAAAAAUCAUUUACUAUUCCAUAUUCAUUUGAUUUGAAGAAGUGAUUUAUUAUUAGCGUGUUUGAGUGUUUCAGGAUUAAGAGUUGCAUGUUCUUGAAUUGUAAAAUGCACAAAAAAAUUAAUAAAACUGAUUGUAUGAA